CUGAAAUUGUAACACAUAUUUAGUCGCUCUAGAGUCGAACACACAUUUACACCUUUAACCUGCACCUUUAACACACACACACACACAUGACUUUUGUCACACACUCGUGAGCUAAGUUAAGGAUGAUUGAAUCCAGUCAUUCCAUCUAUUCCAUCUUCUGCUGCUGUUGUUCUUUAGAGUCCCGCACCAGCACACGUGUAGAUAUGAACUCCAGAGAUGAACACAAUUCUACACCCUACUCAUGCAGAAUGGAGCGCUCGAUGAAGAAGCUGCCUCCUCCUCCUCCGGUGGACAGCUCUGAGGAGCAGGUGACGGUCGUCGCUAUGUACGAUUUCACUGCGCGUGAGAGUUCAGACCUGAGCCUGAGGAGAGGAAACAAGUACAAGAUCCUCCACAAACAGGACCAGCUGUGGUGGAAAGCAGAGGACCAACAAGGGAAUAAAGGCUUCAUCCCGAGUAACUAUGUUACAGAGAAACACAACAUAGAGGCUAAUGAGUGGUACUGUAAGAGCAUUAACAGGUCUGAAGCUGAGAAUAUGCUAAAACAGGAGGAUAAGAAUGGUGGUUUUAUUGUAAGAGAGUCCAGCCAGCCAAAUCGCUACACGGUGUCAGUCUACACCAAGGCCAAAAGAGAGAGUCUGGGUGAUGUGAAACAUUAUCAGAUAAAGCAGACAGACACAGGAAAGUUCUUUCUGGCCGAGAAUUACAUCUUCAGCUCCAUCCCUGAGAUGAUUAAUUACCACAAACACAACGCCGCAGGUCUUGUAGCACGAUUGCGUUAUCCUGUUGGUCCAAUGGAACAGUAUGUCCCUACUACUGCAGGAUUUAGCUCAGAUAAGUGGGAGAUUGACCCAUGUGAGCUGACCAUCUUGAAGGAGCUCGGCAGAGGAGAAUUUGGAGUGGUGCGACUGGGAAAGUGGAGAGCGCAGCACAAAGUGGCCAUUAAAGCCAUCAGAGAGGGAGCCAUGAGUGAAGAGGACUUUAUAGAGGAGGCCAAAGUGAUGAUGAGGCUGUGUCACCCUAAGCUUGUACAGAUCUAUGGUGUGUGUACAAGGCAGAAUCCACUCUGCAUUGUGCUCGAGUUUAUGGACAAUGGCAGUCUUCUUGAGGUACUGCGUCACCAUGGCAACAAUCUGAAAUGUGUGCAACUAUUGUCGAUGUGCCAGGAUGUGUGUGAGGGCAUGCAGUACCUUGAACACAACAACUUCAUACACAGAGACCUGGCUGCAAGAAACUGUAUGGUGAAUGCGAACAACGUGGUGAAAGUCUGUGAUUUCGGCAUGGCGAGGUACGUGUUGGAUGAUCAGUACACAAGCUCGAUAGGCUCCAGGUUCCCAGUGAAAUGGUCUCCACCUGAAGUUCUGCACUACAACAAGUUCAGCAGCAAAUCUGAUGUCUGGUCCUUUGGUGUGUUAAUGUGGGAGGUGUUCUCUGAAGGACGCACACCGUUUGGGAACCAUCCGAACGCUGAGGUUGUGGACGAGGUGACACAGGGAGUGCGACUGUACAAACCGCACAAAGCACCAACUAAUGUAUAUGACAUCAUGUACGAGUGCUGGCAUGAGAGGCCUCAGGGUCGGCCCUCGUUCUCCAGCCUGCUGCAGAGCAUUAAAAACAUCACUGAGGAUUUCACGCUUUAGAUGAGACAUAAACAUUAAUUGUGCAAUAACACACAACACCACAGCUACACACCAAUGACUGUAUAUUAGUGUGAACAGCACUGUGACUCUUACUCACAUUGUGUGAGUCUGAAGCCUUCCACCCUGCGCUCACUGUGCUCACCUCAAUCUGUCUGAGAAUUUUGGCAGAUUUACUGAUUUUCCCUUUUGGCUAGAAAUGUUUUCAGAGCUUUGAGUCAUAAAUGCGUUAUUAUUUAUUAACAAACUUAUAUUACCCACCAUUUUCAUCAAGCAACACAAUAUACACGAGUAAAUAAUAGAUACACAAAUUCAAAUCUAAAAAGCAGUCAAAAUUUACACUAAAUUAAAUGAUGCUAAAAUGAUAGCAGAAUAAAAACUGCUCUUUUAUCCUCUGCUGGUUCUGUCAGUGGAGUUUGUGUAAAAGGAGCAGACUGCUUCAUGUGCUAACUAAAGUCAACAGCUUAUUACAGAACAGGACAUGACUUAUAGUCAGGAGUAAUAGUGACCAAAAUACUGUGCUGUCAGUAUUCUUCAUUUUUCCCUUCAUGUGUAAUGUUCCACAGACGGCCACUAGGGGGCACCAGAGACAAACUGCUUUCUCUUUUAUACCCAGGUAUAAAAUGAGGUUCAAUCAUAAUCAGUGAAACACACA